AUGGCAGCCGCAAAAGGACCACUCAUGUUACCAAAAAACUUCAGACUUGGAAACGGACAAGUUAUCAACUCAAUUGGAUUGGGUUUAUGGAAAGUUGAUAAGAAUAACACGGAAAGAGUCGUUAGCGACGCACUCGACUUAGGCUACAGACAUAUCGAUGGUGCGUUUGCCUACGGUAAUUCUGACAAAGUCGGUGCGGCCCUCACCAAGAGUAGAAUCGAUAGGAAGAACCUGUGGUUAACCACCAAGAACUGGAACUCGUUCUGGGAUCCAUCGCUUGUGAAAGCUAGUGCAGAGCAAGAGCUUGAGAGUUUUGGUACCAACUACCUCGACUUACUCCUGCUGCACUGGCCGGUGGCAUUUGCCAACCCAGACAAAGUGCUCGAUAAGAUGCCUGUCAAACAGGAAGGAAAGCAGCUGCCGGUGAUUGACCGUGAGGCUAUGGAAAAGCUCGAGCAGACCUGGGAGGCUAUGGAGGGUCUUGUGAAGGAAGGUAAAGUGCGCAGUCUCGGAAUUAGCAACUUCUCAGCAGGCAAGACUGAAAAUCUUCUCAAAUUCGCUAAAGAAAAGCCACUCGUUAACCAGGUAGAGAUAAACUUGCACUGUUCACAACCAGAUUUGGUUAAGUUUAAUGAGGAGAAUGGAAUAUUAACGCAGGCAUACUCCCCACUUGGUUCAGACACGAAACAGGCAAGCUACUCAAAGGAGCCGCUGAUACAGGAGCUGUCGAAGAAAGCCAAUGUCAGUCCAACGCAGCUCAUUUUGGCGUGGCAUUUGAAGCGCGGAAUCAACCCACUGCCUCGUUCAAUGAAUAAGGAGCAUUUGAAGGAGAAUUUGGAUGCUGUCAACGUACAACUUCCACAAGAUGUUUUCGAUGCGCUUCAAGAGGAGAGUGCUAAGACACCAGCAAAUCGUGUUGUAAAUCCGUCGAAAGCGUGGCAAACUGAUAUAUUCAGUGAUGAGAAGUAA